AUGCCGGCCUUCUCCCCUCCAUCAUCGUCUUUGUCUGACGGAGCCAAGCCGAAUAUUCUGCAACAACUUUCCCAGAUCGUCAGUAUGUUGACCACUACCAUUCGAUCCCCGCCUUCGGUCGGAGACUUCCUUCCGCUCGAGGAGUACGAGUCCCAAACCCCGGAGACCUUCUUCGGCGGCAAGCCUGUUCUGCACCAUCAUCUGCAAGGUGCCAAGAUCUGGAUUCCCAAAUCGCAAUCAGCCGCCCUGCCCAUCUUCACCGAUGCCUCUGCCGCGGUCUCUGCACCCGAGGGUGCCACGCUCACAGGCGCCACUGAUGACUUGACGGAGCAGACCAUUGACCUUUUCGUCAACUCAGAGAACUUCACUGUCUACAGCGCGACCGCCACCGCUGGUGUCUCCAUUCCCUAUCCCGCCAUCUCGAUCCACGCUGUCAAGCAGGCUGGCACACUGGCCGACGGCACGCCCCUGCAUGCCAUCUGGAUGCAACUUGAACUGACCGACAAUGCCGAUGACGAAGGCAGCUCCGUCGACCUGACAAUCGUGCCGCCCGUCGGUUCGAGCGUGCAGCAGCUCUACGCUGCCAUCUCCGCUUGCUCAGAUCUGCACCCCGACCCUGUGGAGGAGGACGACGACGAGGACGAGGAUCGAAUCGUGUUUGAGGGCGAGCAUGAAGCUCUCGAAGGGUUCUCUGGUGUCCUGAGAGGAAACGCGAACGGAGGGCUACCUCCUCCUUUCCCAGGAAGCUCGGGAUGGAUCACAGCCGAGAACGUCAACGAAUACUUCGAUGCUGAUGGGAACUGGAUUGGCGAAGGUGCUGAGGAGGGUGUCAGUGGUGAGCUGGGAGAGGGUGCUGGGAGGGUGAGGGCGUUGGACGAGGUGAAUGGGCAUGAAGGUGGCGAGGAGGAUUCGGAUAACAAAAGACCAAGGGUCGAAGAGGCUCCGCCAUCCUAG